AUGACGGGCAAGAAUGCCGUCCACGUCUCGUCAUCCAUCGCGAUGGACGAGAUGGAGCCAGCACCAGUUGAGGCCGACUACGUGAAUCCCGCCGAGCGCACCCCUCGAUGGCUGCUCACGGCGCACGCAUACGCUCUUCGCCUCGGCGCAACUCUAGGAUUCCACCUGGGUAACUCCUCUGGCCAGCAUGCGCCGUCCCCGACCGAGACCAUCUGGCUGGACUCGACGCUGGGAGAGUACCAGGGCAAAGAGAAGAUCAGCGUCAACGUGUGGAAACCGUCACGCGACGAUCCAGCUCCCGCCGGCUCGGGAAAGAGGACGGCCGUCAUUAAUCUUCAUGGCGGCGGUUUCAUUCUAGGCAAAGGCACCGACGAUGCGCGAUGGGCUGACUCUCUCACGACGGGACUGGGCGCCGUGGUCUUCUCGGUUAACUAUCGCCUGGCACCGGGGUAUCCCUUCCCGAAGGCGGUCGAGGACUGCGUCGACUCCAUCAUUCAGAUCUGCAAUCUUGCCGACAAGUACAACAUCGACACGAGCCGCAUCAUCCUUUCUGGUUUCUCCGCUGGCGGAACUCUGGCGACGAGUAGUUGGAUCGUGCUGCAGGACCCCGCACGAUGGAACUACGAGAUACCAUCGCCCAUACCGCACAUCGCUGGACUGGCUCUCUACUACCCCUUACUGGACUGGACCGUUGACCGACCGCAGAAGCGCAAGGCCUCGAAGGCGCCGGACAUGACGCUGCCCAGUGGUCUGACAGACCUGAUCGACGCCUCGUACUUGCAUCCGCCGCGGCCGAGGCGCGAAAGAGACGACAUUCGGCUCUCGCCAGGUCUGAUGCCCGACGAGAUGAUAAGGCUACUGCCACCAGUCCAUCUAUGCUUGUGCGAGCACGACAUGCUACUCGCCGAAGGCCUGAUAUUCGCUGAGAGGAUAGGGGAUCAGGGCAAGCCGGUCACUGUCCGCGUGGUCGAAGGCGCGAAACAUGCUUGGGAUAAGCCAUUGCCGUUGUCGCCGAAGGAUACCGUCGCGGUCGAGUACAAGGAAACGAUAGAGAUACUCAAGUCUUGGUUCGAUGGCACGCCGUCAUAG